AUGAGUUCGGAACCAUUCACGCUGAGGUGGGGUAUUUUGGCCUUCACAAAAGACCUCCUCAUCAAUCCCCAAACCCGCGAUGCAUCGGAUAUCCGCCACGUCGUCGCCGCAGCCGCCUCCUCCACAUCCUUAUCCCGCGCCACCUCAUUCCUCACCUCCGUCGGCGCACCCCCCACCGCACGCGCCUACGGCUCCUACACCGAGCUCGCCUCCGACCCAAACAUCGACAUCAUCUACAUCGCCACCCCCCAUUCCCACCACUACCACCACGCCCGCCUCUGUCUCAACGCCGGAAAACAUCUGCUAGUCGAGAAACCCAUCACCGUCAACGCAGCUCAAUGCCAGGAACUCAGGAAAUUGGCGAAAGAGAAAGGGAGGUUCAUGAUGGAAGCCGUGUGGACGCGUUUCUUCCCCCUCUCCCGCGAGGUCUGCUCCAUCAUAAAAGAAGGGAGACUUGGGGAGAUAAAGCGUGUAUUCGCCGACUUUAGUUUCUGGAAUGAUGUUGAAAAAGAAUUCGGGACGGAGCAUAGGAUGGUGAACCCCGAUCUCGCUGGUGGCGCGUUACUGGAUUUGGGGAUUUAUAGUCUAACGUGGGUGGUUAUGGCGUUGUGGCAUUGCCAACCUGAGGAGGGGAAGAGACAAGAGCCCGUUGUCAGUUCGGCGGUUAGUAAGUAUGAGACGGGGGUUGAUGAGACGACGACUGUGUUGUUGCGUUUUCCGGGGUCGGGGGCGCAGGGCGUGGCGGGGACGAGUAUUAUUGUUGCUACGACACCGAAUGCGGAGCAUCCUAAUCCUGGGGGUGAUGCGGUGAGGAUACAAGGGACGUUGGGUGACUUGACCGUCGACUAUGCGCCGAAACCGCGUACGUACACGUUAACGCCUGCUGCGAAUGAGAAACGUGGGACACUGGCGGACUUUGAGUAUCAGGUCGUUGAUAAAUACAAGAGCAUUCCUGGGGGUGGGCAUGGCAUGUUCUGGGAAGCAGACGAGUGUGCGAGGUGUAUCCGGGAUGGCAAGCUGGAGAGUGAGGUGAUGGGGUUGGAGGAGACGGAGGUGGUUAUGCGGGUUAUGGAUCAGGUUAGGAGGCAGGGGGGUGUGGUGUAUCCGGCUGUGAUUGAGAGUACGGAGGCGGGUUUGGAGGGGUUUGGGGUGUAA